UUGAUUGAUUGAUUGAUUUGUCUGUUUUCUCUCAGGCAUAAUGAACAGCUCUGGUAAUCAGCCUCUCCUGGACAUGGUGAAGGCAUGUGUGCACUCUGUGAUGUUCGUGGCUACAGGCGUGUUCACGUACGUGAUCGCGGUGACGGUACGCGGCUCUCCGCAUCUUCGCCGUAACGCUCACUACCUCCUGCUGCUGCAGCACUGCAUCUGCCUGACGGGCUUCAACGCCACGGGCGGAGUGUUACACGGCCUGCGCGCCCUGCGUCUCCCCGUCGCCCGCCUCGCCUGCUGGAUCCUGUUCGACCUGCAGGUCGUGAUGGCACGCGGCCUCGUCUUCACCCUCACCCUCAUGUGCGUGUGCACGUGCCUCUCCGUGCGCUGCCCGCUGCGAUACGAGGCGCUGGUGUGCACCUUGUACCGCUGGGUGAUAUUCGUGAUGUGGACACUGGCUCUGAUCAAUCCGGUGGUGUUCACGGCGCUGGCGUGCGCGCAGCACCCGUGGCGUUACGUGAUCUCUCCGGACGUGGAGUGCUCCACGGUUCUGGAGGGUAAAGCGUGCAUCAUCAGCGCGCUCCUGCUCCUCUUCCUCAUGGUGCUGCUUAUUUUCAGCAGUUACAUCCUCAUCUAUCUGGAGGGUCACCGAGCUGGUCACUUCUCUCAGUCCAACAGUAAAGGACGACGCACCAUCCUCAUCCACAUGCUGCAGAUCAGCCUGCACAUCUUCCCCUCCUUCAUCAUUAUCUCCCGCGUGCACCAGGUGCUCGUCGUUGCGGUCAUCACGUUCCUGAUCUUCAGCAUCUCGCAGUUUCUCAGUCCGGUGGUCUACGGCCUGCGAUGCAAGCAGCUCAACGAGGAACUCCCGCGGUUCUUCCCUCGCUGCUUUAACGAACGCAUGGCCCUGGAGCCUGGAGCGAGCGUGGAACAUCGUGGGAGUACCGGGACAGUCACCAGCACCUCAGGAGGAGUGAGCAGCACCAGAACCAGCCACAGCACGGGUACCGUUACUGUCCACAUGUCUGACGGGGAGCGGGACGACGAGAACAAGCGCCACAUCGGCAACCAUGAGGAAAGUACAGAGUGA